AAGAAGUAGAUGCUAUGGAAUGACAGAACCACUUGCAGACUACUAAUUACAGCUUCCGAGCCUUGACUUGGCUGAUAAAGAUCAGAUGGUGACUGGAUAGAAGUUGCCCCAGUCUUGGGUCCAUGAUGUAUGCACCAGUUGAAUUUUCAGAAGCUAAUUACCCUCAAGUUGAGUACCAGAGAAGACAACAACAAUAUUGGGACCCUAUCCGGCUAGCUAUUUUCACAUUGGUAAUAGUAGCAAUCAUAGGAAUUACAAUUGGCAUUGUUGCUCAUUUUGUUGUUGAGGAUGAUAAGUCAUUUUAUUACCUUGCCUCUUUUCAAGUUACAAACAUAAAAUACAGAGAAAAUUAUGGAAUAAAAAACUCAAAAGAGUUUACACAAAGGAGUCAUCAGAUUGAGAGAAUGAUGUCUAGGAUAUUUCAACGUUCUUCGGGAGCAGGUCGGUUUGUCAAAUCUCAUGUUAUCAAAAUAAGUCCAGAUCAAAAUGGUGUGAACAUUCUUAUGGUGCUCAUGUUUCGAUACCCAUCUACUGGGAUUGCUGAGCAAAUUAGGAAAAGAAUUGAGAAUAUUUUAUAUCAAAAUCUGAAGACAAAGCAGUUGCCUUUGACUAUAAACAAACCAUCGUUUACACUCACACCUAUUGACAGCAAAAAGAUGAGGAAUCUUCUAAACAGCCGCUGUGGACUAAGGAUGACAUCUUCAAACUUGCCAUUACCAGCACACACUUCUAUAGAAAGGAUUGUCCAAGGAAGCGAAACAGCCAUGGAAGGAGAGUGGCCAUGGCAGGCCAGCCUCCAGCUGAAAGGGGCAGGCCAUCAGUGCGGAGCCACCCUCAUCAGUAACACGUGGCUCCUCACAGCAGCUCACUGCUUCCGCAAAAAUAAAGACCCAAGUCAAUGGAUUGCUACUUUUGGUAUCACUAUAACACCACCUUCAGUACAACGAAAUGUGAGAAAAAUUAUUAUUCAUGAAAAUUACCGGAGAGAAACAAAUGAAAAUGACAUUGCUUUGGCUCAGCUCACUCCCCGAGUUGACUAUUCAAAUGUAGUCCAGAGAGUUUGCCUCCCAGAUGCAGCUACAAAGCUGCCACCUAAAGCAAGUGUAUUUGUCACAGGGUUUGGAUCCAUUGUAGAUGAUGGACCUACACAAAAUAAACUUCGGCAAGCCAGGGUGGAAACCAUAAGCAGUGAUGUAUGUAACAGAAAGGAUGUGUAUGAUGGUAUGAUAACUUCAGGAAUGUUAUGUGCUGGAUUCAUGGAAGGGAAAGUAGAUGCAUGUAAGGGUGAUUCUGGUGGACCUCUGGUUUAUGAUAACCAUGAUAUCUGGUACAUUGUUGGUAUAGUAAGUUGGGGACAAUCGUGUGCUCUCCCCAAAAAACCUGGUGUCUAUACAAGAGUGACUCAGUAUCGAAACUGGAUUGCUUCAAAGACUGGUAUCUAGUGUGAAUUGUCCAUGAAUUAUAUCCAUGACACAAAAGUUAAAACUCCUGCAUAUUGUAUAUUGUUCAUAGUUACGUGGUUUGGAUUGGUGUUUUUGCUGGAAGUCAAGAAGUCCUUCAGACUCAGACCAAUCCAAUAUUACGAGGUGGCCUCUGUGACCAAACUCUCUUUCUACCCUGAGGGAAGAAGACAUGGGGAAUGAUAGGUAGCACUAACUCCUCACUCAGAAGGGAAACUGCAUUACUUAUUAAUAUGCUGAAUAUUUAUAAGUGGUUUUCCUCAAUGGAAGAUGAAGACCAUCAUAUUCCACAGGAUAUGAAGAGCUUCUGGGGCUUCCAAAUUCUUACCUCCUAUAAUACUUGGAGCACUUGGAAUUCUUCUCGCAAAAAAAAAAAAAAAUCAAACAACAACCUUUCCUAAGGAUUCAUGGCUUCAAUAUACCAGCACUGAUGAUUGGACAUUCAAUGGCUAGAAUGGAGAAGCAUAGGAUUUGCAAUAUAACUUGAACUCUAACCUGGGCUUCUAAAUAAUAAUAGAGCAUUAUCAUUAACCACAAGAGUUUCCAUUUAAAAAAGCUUUAAAUGUAUUUGAACUUGCAUUGUUUUAUACACAAAAGCACUAACUGAAGGAUGUAUGUUGUAUUGUUAGCAAGCAUUUCUGAUUUAUUUUUUAAUAGCAUCAUCAGUUAGUGUCAAACCAGAAUGGAGAAUAGAAAAGACUCUUGGGAACAUUUUUUUCAUGGGUGCAAGGAGGAUGAAAAGAACUGAUAAGACUUAGGCUAGCAGAGUUGGUGUCAAAUUAUUUAGUAACAAGACAAACACUCUAGAUUUUUGAGGGAAUGAUCUAUCCAAUUAUUUAUUUAGAAACAUCUACAUUAAUAUAUGGUAACUGGUGCUCCUGUAAGUCUUCAGCUAUCUGAUAGGUCACAUGUCAAUCAGAAUGUCAGGUUGGGAGAGCUGAUUUGUAUAAAGCACUUAGGACAGUGCCUGGUAUACAUCACAUCCUAUAAAAUGUUUCCUAUAAUGGAAAGAAAUGCUUCUGUGAGUUUUAAGAUACGUUAAUGUAAUUUGUCAGAUGAAUGAAUGACUUUGGGGCUUAACACAGACCAAAAUCUAGUGAUGGAAAGUGUAGGCUUUGCAAUUAGGCUGCCUGAGCUUGAAGACUGGCUGUGCCUCAUCUGAGCUGUUUAUCCUUGUACAGGUUUCUUAAUCACUGUGCAUUAGCUCUUUCAUCUUUAUGGAGGCAGUAAAAAUGGUGCCCACUCAUGUGAUUGUUAUUAGGAUUAAAUGCACUAAUAUGAGUAAAUAAAGCACUUAGAACAGUGUCUGCACACA